AUGUCAAGUCCUCUGCAUCACAAAGAUGAUACCUCGUGCCAGUCACCAAUACUCAGCCAGUACGCUGUUCAACAUCAUCGCUCAAAUCUAGACAACAUACAAGAUAGCGAACCGCUUACACAGAAAUCACCUGACCACUGCUCACCCAUCCAAAAAUCCCCUGACCACAUCUCGCCCAUCCACAAAUCACCUGACCCCAGCUCACCCGUCAAGAAUUCGCCGUCACCUGAACGUAAAUACCCAAUUCACAUCUCCCCGUUUACUUUGCCGUCACUCCUCCACGUGUCACCUGUCCAUACCUCACCGGUGCACACCACGCCGGAACUGCCCGUAGCCACCCCAACGACUUCACUGGCACGAAGGGGAGUGAUUUAUGAUGCGAGUGAUCACCCCAACACCCCUCCUUUCCACCACUUACUCUACCAGGGUCUUGAAAACUUUGAGCCUAUCUAUGACCUAACACCCGCUGAUGAUGGUCCGAGACUUUCUUUUACCCCUCAACCUCCUUUAUCUCCUAUCACACGUCCCCAUUUAACACCUAACCCAUCUCCAACCAAGAGUACCGACACUGGAUCAGGUUUUGCUCAACACGCUACUUCCGUUAAUGCUUUUACAGCUACCGCCUCAUCAAGCCGCACUCCACACCACAGCUCUUCUGUGGAAAACCACCAGGGAGGUCAAAACGAAUCUGAAGUGAUGGAACUAAGUGACUCUUCCCCUGCAAGAGAAGCUCUAGCGCACACUCCUUCUGAUGCGGAGUUGCACUUAGCCAAUGAACUCUUACGCUGUCCUAUGCAUAUUGAGAUUUUGAUGUACAUGCUAGCUGAGAGGCACGCUCAACUUUUCCAGGGAGAGAACCUCCUCUUUUCUACUCUGCAUCUAACGUCCAUUAUUCAGCAAAAAUGGAGACAGUUCAAAGCCGCUAGGAUCAAAGACACAUUUCAUUGGGAUAAGCGCAUCUCAGAUUUCAUCACUACUCCAGGGAAGAAAUGGAUGGAGGAUGUUACGACUGUGUACACACCCAUGAUUUGGAAAGAUCGUCAUUGGGUUGGUCUUGCUAUCAAUCUCGACGUGGGACUUGUUGAAAUAUUGGACCCCAACCCAACUUUGUAUUCGGAUAGCAAGGUGGCGGAAUUUAUGGAACCAGUUACAACGUCUCUGCCAUACCUCAUCAAACGGUUUGCUGAUCCACAACUAACGCAGUUCCGCCAUCUAUCUCCUUUUGCUUGGAACUGA